AUGGCAGGUGUCAAAGCUGGUGGCCUGUCAGCAAUGAGGUGGUCUCUGCUGCUGCUGUUGGCAUUGUCAGCAGCGGGUUCGCAGGCGCUCUAUUUCCAUAUUGGCGAGACCGAAAAGCGUUGCUUCAUCGAGGAGAUCCCUGACGAGACUAUGGUCAUCGGGAACUACCGCACCCAGAUGUGGGAUAAGCAAAAAGAGAUCUUCCUGCCCUCCACCCCCGGCUUGGGGAUGCACGUGGAAGUGAAGGACCCUGAAGGGAAGGUGAUACUGUCCCGGCAGUAUGGCUCCGAGGGCCGCUUCACUUUUACUUCCCACACUCCUGGAGACCAUCAGAUCUGCCUGCACUCCAACUCGACCAGGAUGGCCCUUUUUGCUGGUGGCAGACUGCGUGUGCACCUAGAUAUUCAAGUUGGAGAACACGCCAACAAUUAUCCAGAGAUUGCUGCCAAAGAUAAACUGACAGAGCUGCAGCUGCGAGUGCGCCAACUGCUUGACCAGGUGGAGCAGAUCCAGAAAGAGCAGGACUACCAAAGGUAUCGUGAAGAACGUUUCCGUCUGACCAGUGAGAGCAUCAACCAGAGAGUCCUGUGGUGGUCCAUCACCCAGACUGUCAUCCUCAUUCUCACUGGCAUCUGGCAGAUGCGUCACCUCAAGAGUUUCUUUGAGGCCAAGAAACUGGUGUAAUGAUCUUUCCAUGUGACCUUCCAUUUCAUCUCA